AGACCAUCAAUUAAGGAAACAAAAACCAAACGGCUUCUAAGCCAUUCCCCUUCCCACACUCACCCUCACCCUCACCUUCUUCUUCUUCUUCUUCUUCCUCUCUUUUAUCUCCGUUUUCCUUUCAGAAGCUCCUCCCAUGGCGGUCGCCACCACUCUCAACCUCCCUUCUCUCUCUUCCUCUUCCUCUCUCUCUCAUCACACUCCCUCUCUUCAAACCCCUCUUUCCAUUUCCUCUAAAACCCUCCCAAAAUCCCACUUUCCCCACUUCCUCUCCCUUCCCAAUCCCCACAAACCCCUCUUCCUCUCCUCCGCCUCCGCCUCCAAAUCCCCCAUCUCCGAUUUCUUCUCCGACGACGACUAUCUCGACGAAAGACUCCGCGAGGAGUGCGGCGUCGUUGGAAUCUAUGGCGACCCAGAAGCCUCUCGCCUCUGUUAUUUAGCCCUUCACGCUCUCCAGCACCGUGGCCAAGAAGGCGCCGGAAUCGUCGCCGUCAACGAAAACGUUCUCCAGUCUAUUACCGGCGUUGGCCUCGUCUCUGAGGUUUUCAAUCAAACCAAACUCGAUCAAUUGCCUGGCGAUUCUGCGAUUGGUCACGUUCGUUACUCAACUGCGGGAUCUUCUAUGCUUAAGAAUGUUCAACCCUUUGUUGCUGGAUAUCGAUUUGGCUCUGUUGGGGUUGCUCAUAAUGGUAAUUUAGUUAAUUAUCGUUCUCUUAGAGCUAAACUUGAAGAUACUGGUUCUAUUUUCAAUACUAGUUCUGAUACCGAGGUUGUUCUUCACCUUAUUGCAAUUUCUAAACAUAGACCUUUCUUGUUGAGGAUUGUGGAUGCUUGUGAACAGCUUGAAGGAGCUUAUUCUAUGGUUUUUAUUACUGAAGAUAAAUUGGUUGCUGUUCGUGAUCCUUUUGGUUUUAGGCCUUUGGUUAUGGGUAGGAGAAGUAACGGGGCUGUUGUAUUUGCUUCUGAAACUUGUGCUCUUGAUUUAAUUGAAGCUACAUAUGAAAGGGAAGUGUUUCCUGGGGAAGUUUUAGUAGUUGAUAAGAAUGGGAUUCAAUCCCUUUGUUUAAUGGCUCAUCCAAAGCCUAAAUCUUGCAUAUUUGAACACAUAUACUUUGCUCUUCCCAACUCGGUUGUUUUUGGCCGUUCUGUCUACGAAUCCCGCCGAGCAUUCGGGGAGAUACUUGCCACCGAAGCCCCCGUCGAUUGUGAUGUAGUGAUUGCUGUUCCAGAUUCAGGAGUAGUAGCUGCUCUUGGUUAUGCAGCUAAAGCUGGGGUAGCUUUCCAACAGGGUCUCAUAAGGUCGCAUUAUGUCGGGAGGACAUUCAUCGAGCCAUCACAGAAGAUUCGUGACUUUGGUGUGAAGCUGAAGCUGUCACCGGUUCGAGCGGUGUUGGAAGGGAAGAGAGUAGUGGUUGUGGAUGACUCAAUUGUUAGAGGAACAACAUCUUCAAAGAUUGUGAGGCUGUUAAAAGAAGCAGGAGCAAAAGAAGUGCAUAUGAGGAUAGCUAGCCCUCCAAUUAUAGCAUCAUGCUAUUAUGGAGUGGACACACCAAGUUCUGAAGAACUAAUCUCCAACAGGAUGAGUGUGGAGGAAAUAAGAGAGUUUAUAGGCUCUGAUUCACUUGCUUUUCUGCCAUUUGAUAGUUUGAAGAAGCUUUUGGGAAGUGAUUCUCCAAACUUUUGCUAUGCUUGCUUUUCAGGGAACUACCCAGUUGAGCCUAGAGAAAUAAAAGUGAAAAGGGUAGGAGAUUUUGUGGAUGAUGGGUUGAAUGGAAGCUUGGAAUCCAUUGAUGGAGGUUGGGUUCAAGCCAACAGAAACCAGAAUCUUGAUAAUAAUCUCACAGUGGAGAAAGUUGGAGGUCUCUGAUCUUUUACUUCUUAUAUCAUCUUUGAUUUUGUCUGUCUUUUCUUAUAUCCUUUAACAAUGUUAGAUUUAUAGAAGUGAUUUCUGAUGGGAAUGCAUAAUUUAGAGUAAUAAGUUAUGUAAUGAUUAAUGAGCUCUGCAAGAAACGAUUCUUACUUAUGCAAAUUUUGCAUUCUUUGUUACUCUAAA